AUGGGGCUGAUAGACGCGCUCCGGCAGUCCCAGCUGCUGGUGUGGCUGAGAGAGGAGCGACAGUCCAGGAAACUGAUCCUCUUCAUCGUCUUCGUCGCCUUGCUCCUGGACAACAUGCUGCUCACUGUAGUCGUGCCCAUCAUUCCCAGCUACCUGUACGCCAUAGAUGAGGCGUCCACCCCUGUGGUGAAGAACAUCACACCCUCGCCGCACGACCGCCCCACCAGGACCUUUCACAGCAUCGUGUCUCUGUACGACAACACCGUUCGGGUGACCGGUGGGAACGCCACGGCCUGGUCCGCGGAUCAGAGUCUCCUGCCCACCACUGGUACGCCGGCCCCGCAGGCCGCCGGCAACUCCUCUGACUGCCCCAAGUCAAACGGCAAGCUGCUCAAUGAGAACGUCAAGGUGGGACUGCUGUUUGCUUCCAAAGCCACCGUGCAGCUCAUCACCAACCCCUUCAUCGGCCCACUCACCAACAAAAUCGGAUACCAGCUUCCCAUAUUUGUCGGAUUUUGUAUAAUGUUCCUCUCUACCAUCAUGUUCGCCUUCUCAUCGAGCUACGCUCUGCUGUUUCUGGCCAGAUCCCUACAAGGCAUGGGUUCUUCCUGCUCCUCCGUGGCCGGAAUGGGAAUGCUGGCUAGUGUGUACACCAACGACGAGGAAAGAGGUCACGCCAUUGGGAUCGCCUUGGGAGGUCUGGCAUUGGGCGUGUUAGUUGGCCCACCGUUUGGCAGUGUGAUGUAUGAGUUCGUUGGGAAGACUGCUCCGUUCCUGAUUCUGGCAUUUCUGGCUGUCUUUGAUGGAGCUCUCCAGCUCUUCAUUCUGCGACCCACCAAGGUGGAACCAGAGAGUCAGAAAGGGACCCCGCUGCUGACGCUGAUGAAGGAUCCGUACAUUCUUAUUGCUGCGGGGGCCAUUUGUUUUGGUAACAUGGCGAUCGCCAUGAUGGAGCCAACGCUGCCCAUCUGGAUGAUGGAGACCAUGUGCGCCAGGAAAUGGCAGCUAGGAGUGGCCUUCCUACCCGCAUCGAUCUCCUACCUUAUUGGAACGAACAUCUUUGGGACGUUGGCACACAAGAUGGGGAGAUGGCUGUGUGCGCUCAUUGGGAUGUUAUUGGUAGGGAUGAGUGUGAUAUGUGUUCCAUUUGCACGAGAUAUCUAUGGACUAAUUAUUCCAAACUUCGGAGUAGGCUUUGCCAUCGGCAUGGUGGACUCCUCCAUGAUGCCUAUCAUGGGUUACCUGGUGGACCUGCGGCACGUGUCUGUCUAUGGAAGUGUCUACGCUAUUGCAGAUGUGGCUUUCUGCAUGGGCUUUGCUUUGGGUCCAUCUAUCGGUGGUUCGAUAGCUGAAAGUAUUGGUUUCCACUGGCUGAUGGCCAUUAUUGGAAUAGUGGAUAUUCUCUUUGCCCCUCUCUGCUUCUUCCUCAGGAAUCCACCAGGACAAGAGGAGAAAAUAGCCAUAUUGAUGGACACCAACUGUUCGAUGAAGACCAGGUCCUACUCCACACAGGGAACGUACUACCAGGGCGAUGACACGGAGCAAGAUUACGAUGACUAUGAAUAACCAGAAGCUGGCCGUGCAGGUUAAACCUCCAGAGGAUCUAUUUUGUUGUAGUAAAAACAAAAAAAAAAUAGAAUAAGAAAAACGAAAAGAAAAAAAAAAUGAAGGUGUUUCUGCUUCAGUUGCAUUCAGUUGUGUCCAUUUGGUGUU